GUAUUCUCUGAGCUAACGGCUCUCUGGCCAGAAAACCGGAAGUCUUAUACAAAGUAAUAUUAGUAGCGCAGUACUUUACUCCCAAAAUAACUAUAAACGUCGUUCGGCAAGUUAAUGUUAUACGCGUAAACGUUCUCAAACGAUUAACAUGUGUUAGUGGUUAAGGUGCAGGUAGAAGACGGAAGUAGCAGCGGGAGGACCAAACGGUGGCAGCUGACAGCUCGCCCUCUAUGACGCAAGUACGUCACUGAUGGCGGACCGAACGCUAGUCCACCGACACACACACUCUCGGCGAGGGACAGAGCAAAGUCACCGAGACACGUUCUCGCAAGCCUGUUGGUCGGACUGCUGCCGAACCGAACGCCAACCUUCCCGGGUGAGACGGCUAGCGGCGAGCGGUACAGUAGUUUAGUAGAAUGUGGGACGGGACGGGUCCGGCUCGGCGAGCAGUGGAGUGAAGCGGGCCGCCUCGGGGUGACGUCCCCGCCGCAUGAGCCAGCAGCAAGUUGACGGACAUAAAAGUGGCGUCGUCGCGGAAGAGAAGAGGAGCCGGGCUUGUAUUUAAUAUCACUUCGUGGAAUCUUGGCAUCCCGCAACUAUGAAAUUCGCCGAGCACCUUUCGUCCCACAUCACUCCAGAGUGGAGAAAGCAGUACCUUCAAUAUGAGGCAUUCAAGGAUAUGCUUUAUGCAGCCCAGGACCAAGCCCCAUCUACAGAAGUCACAGAUGAGGAUACCGUUAAGAGAUACUAUGCGAAAUUUGAAGAGAGGUUUUUCCAGAAUUGUGAGAAGGAGCUGUUGAAAAUCAACACUUUUUAUUCAGAAAAGCUCGCAGAAGCCCAGAGACGCUUUGCCACCCUGCAGAAUGAGCUGCAGUCCUCGCUGGACGCCCAGCGCGAGAGCAAUGCUCCGCCCGGGCUCCGCAAGCGCAAGACCGUGUUCCACCUGUCGCAAGAGGAGCGCUGCAAGCACCACAACAUCAAGGACCUGAAGCUUGCCUUCAGUGAGUUCUACCUGAGCCUCAUCCUGCUGCAGAACUACCAGAAUUUAAAUUUCACCGGGUUCCGUAAGAUCCUGAAGAAACAUGACAAGAUUCUGGAUACCUCCCGUGGGGCAGACUGGCGUGUGGCACACGUGGAGGUGGCGCCAUUUUACACCUGCAAGAAGAUUACACAGCUCAUCACGGAGACUGAGACGUUGGUGACCACAGAGCUGGAGGGAGGAGAUCGUCAGCGGGCAAUGAAGAGAUUACGAGUUCCUCCGCUGGGGGCCGCUCAGCCUGCUUUGGCGUGGACGACCUUUCGUGUAGGUCUUUACUGUGGCAUCUUCAUCAUCCUCGCCAUCGCCUUUGUCCUAACAGGCACAGUGUUCAUCCGCAAAGAGAACGUGUGGCCUCUGGUGCGGAUCUAUCGGGGCGGGUUUCUUUUGAUCCAGUUCCUCUUCCUCCUCGGCAUAAACACAUAUGGCUGGAGACAGGCGGGAGUCAACCACGUGCUCAUCUUUGAGAUCAAUCCUCGGAACAACCUCUCACACCAACAUCUAUUUGAGAUCGCUGGGUUCCUUGGUGUGUUAUGGUGUCUCAGCAUCCUAUCAUGUCUCUACUCGGAAUACCUCUACCUCCCCAUGCAAAUCAACCCCCUCGUCCUUUAUGGCUUCAUGCUACUUUUCCUCAUCAACCCCUUCAAGACCUGCUACUACAAGUCACGUUUCUGGCUCCUCAAGCUCCUGUUCCGAGUGUUCACGGCACCGUUUCACCGAGUGGAAUUUGCGGACUUCUGGCUGGCGGACCAGCUCAACUCGCUGGUAGUGGUCCUGAUGGACCUGGAAUAUCUUAUCUGCUUCUACAUCUUUGAGCUGCAGUGGAACAACAGCAAGGGCCUGUUGCCCAAAACAAACGACUCCAGCAGCUUCGUAUGCCACAGCUACUCGUACGGCCUGCGGGCCAUCAUCCAGUGUCUGCCCGCCUGGCUGCGUUUCAUCCAGUGCCUCAGGCGUUAUCGAGACACCAAGAGGGCCUUCCCCCACCUGGUGAAUGCUGGCAAAUAUUCCACCACCUUCUUUGUGGUCACAUUUGCCGCCCUCUACGCCACACACAGAGAGCAAGGCCACACAGAUGCCGACACGUUCUUCUACCUGCUGAUCGUGUUCUCCACCAUAAGCUCCUUCUACACACUGAUCUGGGAUCUGCGCAUGGACUGGGGUCUGUUUGACCGCGGAGCUGGAGAAAACACCUUCCUGAGAGAGGAGAUCGUUUACCCGCAUAAGGCCUACUACUACUGUGCCAUUUUCGAAGAUGUGGUCCUGCGUUUCGCCUGGACAAUCUCCCUCUCCCUGACCACGAUGACCAAGAUUCACUCGGUGGGUGACAUCGUGGCCACUGUGCUGGCCCCCCUCGAGGUCUUCAGGCGUUUCGUGUGGAAUUUCUUCCGCCUGGAGAACGAGCACCUGAACAACUGCGGCGAGUUCCGCGCGGUGCGAGAUAUUUCCGUGGCCCCGCUCAACGCCGACGACCAGACGCUGCUGGAGCAGAUGAUGGACCAGGAGGACGGGGUCCGCAACCGCUCGGGCAAGAAGACCUGGAAGAGGUCAUACAGCCUCACGCUGCGGCGCCCUCUUCUGUCCUCUCAGUCUAAAAAGGACACCAAGGUUCUAAUUGAGGAUACAGAUGAUGAGGCGUUUGGCUGAGUCGCCACCAAACAUCGGCGCUCUUUGGAAAAAAAAAAAAAAACACACGCACGUACACGCUACAUGGGUCUUCUUCAUCUCUAACCCUUUAGUUAAAAUGUCCUCCCACAAAAAAAAAAAAGUUGCUGACCAGUGAAAAAAUUACUGUACUUAUCUCCAUGUUUGGUGAGAUUUAUUUUAAUUUCUGCAAACUACUAAAAAAAUCAUGUGUUGUUGAUGUUUUUCUUUGUGGAAAAACAAAGAAAAUCAUGCUUUUCCAUAUUUUGAUUUCUUUUUUUGGGGGCCAGGGGGGCUGUUUUUUUGUGAUCAACCUGUCUACUCCCUCCCCCCAAAAAACAGGAAAAGAUGUCGGUUUUGUGGCUUGUUUUUCUUUUUAUUUACAAAAAUUGAAAACUGUAAGAAUAUAUUUCCAAAUUUUAGAUUAUUUUUAUCUUAAAAAAACAAUAAAAAAAUAUAUAUAAAUAUAUAGGAGCUUGUGUCCACAUUGUUUUUUUCUUUUUUUUUUGGGGGGGGAAACAAAAAUAUUGAAGAGAAGUUAUCUCUGAAUGUUGUACUGAUAUUUUUUUUCUAAUCUUGAAAAAAAUUUAAUAACCACAAUAACACAAGUUGAAAAGCAUGUAUCUCAAUGUUGUGGGUUCUUUUAUGUAAAAAAAAAAAAAACAUUGACAAGAAUGUAUGCUAAGAGAUAAAUGCCCCCCCCCCAAAAAAAAACAACAACAGGGUAUUGUUGUUUUUUUCUCAAAUAAAAAAAAAAAAGUAAAAAUUGAAGUAAUUUCACAAAACAUGGAGAUACAGUACACACUAUUACUACUACGGCUUUAGGUUUUUAUGUGAAAAAGAAUCGGAGGUACUUUUCACUGCUCAGUGACGAAAGAAGACCUCAUGUUACAUCAUCCCUAUGGAAGUAAAUGUGUGCCACGUAGCACGAUUCGAUUUAAAAUGCAGCUGAAAAUUUGAUGUUGUAAAAUUCACAUUGUUGUUUCAAAGUGAGUAUUUCAGUUUUGACUUUUCAAUGUUAACAAAUUUGCCAUAUAAAAAUAUUCAAUUUUUAAAAUUCAAAUGCAAUAUUUUCAGUCUCCUGAGAUACAACUGGCUUCAAUUCGGUGUCUGAAAUUCACCGUCAAAAUUCAGCGUUAAAAAGGUGGGGUUACUUCCGGUCAGAACCCAACAGCCAGCCAAUCCAGUUAUGCUUUCUUAGUGUGUGACGUCGCGUGACUAAGGAAGCGUAACUGGAUUGGCUGGCUCUUUGGUUCUGACCGGAAGUAACCCUGCCUGGUUGUGAAAUAAUGUGAAUUUUACAACAUCAAAUUAAUUUUCAGCGGCAGUUUUAAUUCAAAUCCUGGUGGCGCAUUUUUACUUUCAUAUAUCCUCUCCUGUAUACGAACACACACACACACCAUAAUUGGUGAUCCUCACAAUCUGCCCAAGCACAAAUAAUAUAUAAUAUAGUAGUAUCAUAUAGUAUAGUGUAGUACACAUGACGUUUAAGACAACAUCCAAACAACGUCCCUUUUCUCUUUCCUUCUUUCGAUCCGUGCAUGUCAUGCAACAAAAAGCCAACUUUUUUGUUUGUGUGUGUGUGCGUGUAUUCCAGAAACCCGACAAAAAUAUUAUUGUUUUGAAAUGGAAACAAUUUUGUUUGUGCAGCACGGCGAUGUUCUGCUCAUAUUUCUCACCAGGCUGCAUCGACGACUGUUUACAUGCCUUUCUGGACUACUUACAGGAUCAACAGGGACAAACAAGAAACAAUCAAAAAGACUCAUAAUUUAAAAAAAAAAAAAAAUAUUGAUUUCGGUAGAAGGCCGAGGAAGGACUUGAAACCUGCACCAUAUCAGAACAAAUCAACUGGUUUGACCUCAAUAGUUGUUAUUUUAUACUCUUUUUAUUUUAUUUCCUUUUAAUUUUUUUUUUUAUUUUUAGUUAUGAGAAAUUGAUAAAGUGCUGUCGCAACGCUGGAGGCACUUGCAGGAAAAGUGCAUUUACUACACAAACUACUUGCAGACGACGAGGGAUGUUGCUUUGUAUCAUAGAAUAGAAGAACUCUUCGAUGUGCGUCAAUACUGUACGUGUCUGUCUUGGUCCCGGUUCGGUGUCGUUUCUACCCGUGAGAUGAGCAUCCGACUCGGUGAUGUCUUUUGUAACGUUUGGACUUUUUUGAACGCGCCUUUCUACUCAAAAUUUCAAAUGUCUGUACAAAAAAAACAAAUGCUUGUAUGGAAAGAUGUUUCAGCAUUCAUUCCAUAGCUUAUCUUCAUCUUAAUCUUAAUGUCCGUGUACUAGUACACUCUUUGCCCGCACUAGUAAGACGAUUCAGAGUAUUAGUAGACAUCUGUUUUACUUGUAGCGAUUAUUCCCCCCCACCCCCCACUAGUGUUUGACAUUUGUGCACACAACUAAGCCAAUGUUGUCCUGAUAGUAGAAAAACUAAAUGUUAACUACUGAGAUAAAAUUGUGCACUAGUUGACAUCAGUUUGCUAACAAGCACCGCUAGGGAAAUGCUAAAUGUUCACUUGUUAAAAUUCAAUAAUGUUGCUAGUAGUACUUGGAGUGCAGGCAGUUUUUCCUCACUAGCAGCAUUUAGUUGUCACACUCGUAUUUAAAAGUUUCCCUACGAGUGAGGACAAAAAGAUUACUAGCACAUGGAAGUUGAGCGAGGUUUCAAGGAUAUUGAGUAAAUGCUGAAACGCAUUUAUUGGGUAUCCUUGAUAUCCAUCUUGAUGUCCAUGUACUAGUACACUCUUUGUCUUCACAAGUGAGACAAUUCAGCAUAUUAGUAGACAGCUGUCUUACUAUAUUAGUAGACAGCUGUCUUACUAGUAGCUAUUAUUCCUACCCCCCCCCCACUAGUGUUUGACAUUCCUGCACACAAGUAAGCCAAUCUUGUCCUACUAGUAGAAAAACUAAAUGUUACUAGUGAGAUAAAAUUGUGCACUAAUUAACAUCAGUUUGCUAACAAGCACCGCUCUGGAAAUGCUAAAUGUUCACUUGUUAAAUGAAAUAAUGUUGCUAGUAGUACUUGGGGUGCAGGCAGUUUUUCUUCACUAGCAGCAUUUAGUUGUCACACUCGAAUGUAAAAGUUUCCCCUACUAGUGAGGACAAAAAGAUUACUAGCAUAUGGAAGUUGAGCUAAGUAUCAAGUAAAUGCUCAAAUGGAUUUAUUGUGUAUCCUUGAUAGCCAUCUUAAUGUCCAUGUACUAGUACACUCUUUGUCCUCACUAGUGAGACAAUUCAGCGUAUUAGUAGACAACUGUCUUACUAGUCGGGAUUACCCCCCCCCCCCACACACACACACACACAAACUAGUGUUUUGACAUUUCUGCACACAUGUAGAAAAACUAAAUGUUACUAGUGAGAUAAAAUUGUGCACUAGUUGACAUCUGUUUGCUAACAAGCACCACUAGGGAAAUGCUGAAUGUUCACUUGUUAAAUUCAACACUGUUGCUAGUAGUACCUGGGGUGCACAGUUUUCAAGUAAGGCAGAUUUUCCUCACUAGUAGCAUGUACUUGGCAUACUCAUAUGUAAAGGUUUCCCUACUAGUGAGGACAAAGAAUUACUAGCACAUGGAAGUUGAGCUAGAUUUUAAGGAUAUUGAGUAAAGGCUCAAAUGCAUUUUUGGGGUAUCCUUGAUAACCAUCUUAAUGUCCAUGUACUAGUACAUUUCUUGUCUUCACUGAUAAAAUAAUAAGAAAAAAUCAACACGCAUGUAGAACAGCCACGGUGCACUAGUAAAAUUAUCGUCUUGUGAUUAACUAGUAGCACAACACUGGCAUACUAGUUGGACCAAUCCAUGCUACUAGUGUGAAAAGACUUCUGUAAUUUCCGUCCUACAGAGCGCACCGGAUUAUAAGGUUCACCCGGUACAUUUGUAAAGGAAAUACCAUUUGGUACAUAUAUAAGCCGCACCUGUGUAAAAGCUGCAAGUGCCAACAUCGAAACACGAGAUAUUUACAAAUAAAAACGGUACAGAGUCUAACGUUAGCUCUAUGCUAAUGAUACCGCCGCGCUAACAGGGACAGUUAAAAAAAAACAUACUUAAAUCACUGUAACACAGCACCAACACGCUAGCGCGGCACUAACACUAGCACGGCGCUAACGGGGCCGGUUAAAAAAAAACAUACCGGUAAAACUCACUUCCUUGGCACAUAUAUUCCACCGGUCUCACUCUUACCUUUUCCGCUCGAGUGCCCCCUUGCGACCGUUAGAAAAAAAUGCACAAAUUAACCGCAACACCGCAGGAAAAAGUUGCGGGUGAUAGGCCGGAAAUUACGGUACACUAGUUCAGUUUCAUAUUUGCCCACUACUAGUGAAAUGCUAGAUGACGACUAGUAAACGUUUGCUACUAACAACACUAGCGCACAUCUUUCACCUAAUGCGGUUUUGCCUUGCUAGUAUGCUAAAGUAUCAUAUACCCAGUUUAAAAUCUACUGUAUCUACUCGUGUGCUUUUUGUCUUCACUCGUAAGACAAAUCACUACACCAGUAGAACUGGGUCUUACUUGUACUACUGUAUGACAUAUGUGCAUAGCUAGCAACGAGGCAAAAACUGCACUGUCCGCGUGCUACUAGCGGACCCCAAAAUGGCCAGGAUGAGUGCAAUGUGCGUAAAUGUGGACGCCACGCUUCCCCUUUUUCGUUCGAAAAGAGGAAGUCCAAAACGGAUGGGUUUUUUUUUUUUUUGUUUGUUUUUUUUUGGACACAGUUGCCUUGCCUGCACGCUGCUUUUCGUUCCGCGGUGUACAAAGUCGUUAAUUUAUUGUUCCCGACGUGUAUAUUUAUAUUAGCGGCCAUGAUUGAUGUUGCCAUUUUUGGACUAGCAGUAUUUUGUAGCUUUUGCUUCCUGUCAGUUUUUCUUAGGGUUAGGCCUCACUUUUUCCACGUGUAGUUAUUCGUGGAGGGGGGGGGGGGUGUAGUGUCUGAAUAUCGCAUUUAAUUUUUUUUUUUUUUUUAAAUCUCAAGUGUACAUUUCUGUGCAUGAAGCUGUCGUGGCUGUGGCAUGAGUCGUCGUAGACGGGACCCGCUUUGACCCACCGACGGGAAACGGCAGAAGAAGAAGAGCCCACGUGCGCCUCUUGGGAGCCGUUGGCGGGAAAGGACCCGACGUUUGGUUUUGCUCGGUAUUUGUGCGUCUUCCCCAGCCCCCCGUACGUGUUUGCGAGUAGUAGUUCUCCCGUUAGGCUAGAGUCACGUGAUGUUAGGUGGAUGUUCGACUUUGGGUUAGAAACCGUAGAUCGUGGCUAAAUGUGAUUUUGGAGUAAUAUUAAUAAGAAAGAGAAUAAUGUCCAAUUGUAGCUCAUCCUGGUUCUAUUGCGUAGUUUGUACAUGUUGAAUGUGUAACGCUGUUCUAUGAUGUUUGUAUUUCUGUACACAAUUUGGUGAUCCUGUCAUAACUGGGUUUUAUAAACCAGCGUUAUUUUUAAAGCUCGCUUUGCCUCAACGCUCUUUUUAUUAUUAUUUUUUUUUUCAAGCACAUUUAUUUUCACUUUUAACUCCAUAAAAAGUCCCAGGCGUAUAGAGAUGUCAACAGGUGUGUUUAUUAGUGGCCGGGCCUUUAUUUCAGUCGUUUUACAAUAUAUAAUUGUUCCAUUAAAAAUAAAUUUGGAAAAU